CAUUGAAAUAAAUUUGAAGUUUGAAAAUAUUUAUUGUAAUUAAAGUAGCAAAACCGUGAGCUGUCCUAUUGGUACUCCUCCUCUCUGCUGCCUCAUCCCUUGCCCUAAACCAGUGAUGACACCGUGUCUUGUCAAAUUCAUAUUCCUACCUUUACCGAUGCUAGUUUCGUUGAACAUUCUGAAUAUAAUGAUAAGUUCUGCGUUUGCCUACAACAACAUCCCACAACCAAAAGUGUUCCUAGAGCCAACCAAUGUUCCUGUGAUUAUUCUUAUUCCGUUCCAGAUUUUCACAAUGUACACUUACAAGGUUUUUAUCAGUCUUGCUGGACCUAACCUUCCGGGAACCUAUCCUAAAUUGCGAGGAAUGCUGAUCUUCAUAAUGUUUAUUAUGGGGAAAACUACUACCGGCAUUUUUGGAGCACUAAAAGAUAUGGGGUUUCUGGGUUAUAUGGAGAGCCUUCCCUGUAUCAACAUUGGACAGAUGAUUCUUCCUCCUCUACAGCUAGGGUUAAUUAUCCCUGUAGCAUUAAUCAUCCCUCCUCUCUACUCUAGAUCUUGGAAAACAAAACAGGUUAAAAUGGAUGAGGAUGAAGGUCUAACCAAACAUAAAGAGAGUCCUGCUUCAACUCCAUCCCCUCCUUCUACUCCAGUUGUUUAACAACUGGGACAUGUGUUAUCACCCCUAGCGAGAUUUAAAAGUGUCCCAUCCACUCCUUCUACUCCUGUUAUUUAACAACUGGGACAUGUGUCAUCAACCCUAGCUAGAUUUAAAAGUUUCCCAUCGAGCCCUCUUUUCUAGAUAUUUAACAACUGGGAUGUAUGUGCGAACACCCUUUAGACUCGCUUCCCAUUCUCCCCUUCAAUAAUUGAAUAUCUGCCUUUCCAUAGCAAGAUAUUAAUAACAAAAAGUUAAGUUCCUUUCAAUCCCAAUCGAAUAUAUAUUAUGUACUGCAUGAAAAGAGAAUUAAUCUGAAUGUUACCAACUAAGGAACUAGUCUAAACACCGGUGCAAAUUUAACCUAGUAUUCAACUAACUACAUUAUAAUACAGUAGUCGCCAAUAUAUAGUGGAAUAGAAAAACUAACUAAAAUUAAUUAAAAUUGUUAGUUUAAUCUAUUGUUCUCCAAAG